UAAGGUUCGAAGAACUAUAACUGUUACGACUCGUUGGACGUUUCAUCACUCCAUCGCAUAGAGUCAUUUCUUUGAGAAGUCGCUCCCUGGGUUACUCAGAGUUCAGCUCAAGAUGUCAGGACCAGGGUAUCCGUCCCCAAAUCAAACCCCAUACCCUAUGCCCCAACAAGGAGGUUACUCUGUUCCCCCUUAUCCUAUGCCUCAAGGUGGAUAUGGGGAUCCCAGUCAAGGUCCCCCUCCAGUAGGGUUCAAUGUGGGUUACCACCCUGGCCCUGGCCCUGAACAGCCAGUCAUGUAUCAACCUGGUCCAGUGAGCCCAGGACCACCUCAGGGUCCAGUGCCUGCAUAUGGAGGUGGUCCUCCCUCCGCACCAGCAGCUGCAUCUGCACCAGCGGCUUUACCUGUCGGUGUCCCCCCUGGUUUGGAAUAUUUAACUCAGAUUGACCAGAUCCUGAUUCACCAGAAAGUAGAGCUGCUGGAAGCUUUCAUCGGUUUCGAGACAAAUAACCAAUAUGAAAUUAAGAACAGUUUGGGUCAGAAGAUCUACAAGGCUAAGGAGAAAAACGACUGCUGCACGCGUAACUGCUGUGGUUCGCUGCGCAGCUUCGACAUGAAGAUCAAAGACAACACGGACCGCGAGGUGAUCCGCUUGAUACGCCCUUUCCGAUGCGCGUCCUGUUGGUGCCCCUGCUGCCUGCAAGAGUUGGAAGUUCAGGCACCCCCUGGCACCACCAUAGGCUAUGUGGUUCAGGACUGGCACCCUUGUUAUCCCAGAUUCUCCAUCCAGGGCCCAUCCAGAGAGACCCUGAUGAAGCUAGAGGGUCCGUGCUUCGCCUGCAACUGCUGUGGUGACGUGAAUUUUGAGCUGAAGGGAAAGGAUGGUGGGAAAUCCAUUGGUCGGAUCAGCAAGCAGUGGAGCGGCCUUUUGAAAGAGGUCUUCACCGACACAGAUAAUUUUGGCAUCCAGUUUCCUCUGGACAUGGACGUGAAGAUGAAGGCCGUGUUGAUGGGCGCCUGUUUCCUUAUCGAUUUCAUGUUCUUCGAAAAAGUUGGAGAUACUAACCAACGCAACACCGUGUUCUCUUAAGAGAGCGAGAGAGGACGGGGGAACAGCAAGAACGAGAA